AUGGCACUUCCGCGCAUUGUUCAAGAGCGUGGCAUCAAAUUCAGCCUAGAGCUGAGCCCUGAUAAGGAACAUGCCCGACAUUCCAGGGUUCAAGAGACGUUCCGUGUUGGAAAGAGCAGGAGACGUUCCGACUUCCGAACGAGUCUGCCUGGAGUCCGGUUCCACCAGCGACGGCGCCGGCGUCACGCACCAUCUGGCACCGUUCUAUCCUUAGCGUUGCAUUUCUUCCUUGAGAUAGACGAUCAAAUGAUAGCAUCCGUGCGCAACUUGAAAGCGCCCCCAAAUACGGAUAUCAAACCCCCCCCCCCUACAGCAACAUUUAAGGCUGAACAUCAAGAGUCGCUAGAAUUGCUUGUCUGGCCUAGGCGAUCCACCAUGUUCUUGGCACCGCAGAGUUGCCCAACAGCCAAAUACACUGUUGCUACAAGGUCGUACCGUGGGGCACCUCCGCUUUUGUUAUUGAGAUACGGAUGCUCCUGGCAGUACUGGCGCAGUACUACGCUCUCUGAAACCCGUGGCAAGAGUGGGACUAUCGGUAUCCUCUGCACUUACACGACACCUAUCUCGCGAAUCCUAUCUGGAGGCGGGACUCUAUCUUAUGAGCGGAUGCCCAUCCCCGAACUCCGUCUCCAUAUAAGCCAGGCCUAUUUAUAUUGCUAUUUCCGUGACCUUGUUAGUGGAAGUGCUGCACUAAGGCGUCGCCGCUACAUUAGCGACUCUACUGCAGGUCACCAGAGUGGGCAGCCUGAAAGUGAGAUAAAUGACCAGUGGAGGUGGCAGCAGCUAGCUUAUCUCUUUGACUUAGCUCCACAGUAG